AGCUUAUUGUAUAAAUAUUGCAUGCUUGUGAGUAUUGUAACUCAAGCUAAGUCAUCAAAUAUUUCCACUUCUAAACUACUUUUGUUCAUUUUCUCAAUCAUGAAAAAGGCUUUCUGUAUUCCUCUAUUGCUCCUUGUCACAUUCUUGUAUGCUACUUCUGUUGUAGCAAGAAAUGAUCCCUCAGGGAAUGAAGUGAAAACAGAAGGGAAGCUUGCAAAUGAAGGGGUGACAAAGCCAAGCCUAAAAGGACCUAACGAAGAUGAAAAAUUCAUAGGAUAUUUUUAUCUAAAACACAAACUCAAAGGAUAUUUUCACAAGAAACCAAUUUACUAUAAGCCCAUCCCAACCUAUAAGCCAUUCCACAAAGCAACCAUAGUGGAAAAAUCUACCCCCUCUGUUGUUGAGCCAGAAUCAUUUCUCAAGCAUAAGCAUUAUUUCUUCAAAAAGCCAAUUAUUCCCAUUGUUAAACCUGUUUAUGUUCCAAUUUACAAACCUAUUCCAAAGGUGAUUCCAAUUGUUAAGCCAAUUCACUAAUCAGUUUGAGAGGAAGACAUAAUAUAUCCUAAGUGUUCCAUAGAAGUACCAUGCUUGAAAAGAUGUGUUCCAUUCGAUAAAAGGCUGCACAUAUAAAUAGCUACACCUAUCUAUAUUUCGAAUGUGUUAGCAUAAUCUUACCUUGUGUAAUUUUUAUUAUUUGAGGAAACUUGUCUUUUGUAUUACUAAAUGUUUUCACCUUAAUAAAAUUCUCAGUUUGCCUA